UCGAAACGACAAUGACUGCUAUCAUCAAUUUGGUAUAUAAAUCGAUAUGAAUAUCGUUAUCUUGCAACAGUAUCACAUCGAACAUUAGAAUACAAUGAAGGUCUUCUUCGCAUCGGCAAUAUGCCUAAUCGUUUUGGUUCAACAGAUAGCGGCCGUAGAGAUCACGCACACUGAGUCGGAAUCGGAGAGCUUAAAAGAACAUUUAAAUAUAAAAAUCCAUCAGAAGGAAACAAUUCGGCCCGUCGACUCACCAUGUCCGUUCAAAUUCAACGAAAAAGUUUUCGUUAACAACGGCAAGCCGAUCAUUGUCACCGGAAAAUCGCGUCACGUUGUCAUUCCGGCCAGCAAGCCGAUUGUCGUGAAACCAUCACCGGUUCUAAUUCGCCAGAAGGGAGACGUUGAAAUCCGUCCGAUUCACAUCACCAAGCAACGACCACCGCUAAUUGUCACCAAGAAAAUCGUCAAAUUGCAUCAACCUAUCAUCAAGAAGUACUACGUCGAAAAAUACCGUAGACAGGAGGACGGUGGCCCAGCGCACAUUGUUUCGCAAAGAGUCAGCAAGCAAACGUGUAAUUGUCCCGUAUCAGAGCAUCUGAUCGAUUCCAAAUACAAUUUUAACGAUCCAUCAGUCAAAGUAGCAGAAGUCAACUUUGAAGCUUAAAUUUGACAGUUUAACUAGGACGGUGAAAUUAUUUGCGCAGAAUGAAUUAAAUGAAAGAAAAA